AUGCCAUCUCUAUCUAACACCAUUUUAGCCAUCAUACAGCGAGUCCUCUCGGCUUCUGUUACCGUCGAAAAUGAAGCUGUCUCCUCAAUCGGCCAAGGGCUUCUCGUGUUUGCUGCUGGUAUGAUGGGAUCGCCCCUAUCUCUCUUCUCCAAUGCUAACACCGAUAUCCCACCUCCGUACAGUCGCUCCAUCUGAUACCCCGAAAGAUGUCGAAGUAAUCGCCAACAAAAUACUAAGGUUAAAAGUCUGGGAUGAUGAAGGUGGUGGACGAUGGAAGAGAUCUGUCCUCGACCUCGAUCAUCAGGUUCUACUAGUAUCGCAGUUCACGUUGUUAGCUACAACAAAGAAGGGGAACAAGCCUAACUUCCAUGGAGCUUGUCCUCCAGCUGUUGCAAAGGAAAUCUACGCAUCUUUGCUACAGAAAACCCGAGAACUGUACGUUGAGGAAAAGAAGCUAUCACCCGAGGCUGGGAGCGCCAAGGUCCAAGACGGAGUCUUUGGGGAGAUGAUGGAAGUCAGUUUGGUUAAUGAUGGGCCGGUAACCUUCGAGAUUUCUUCACCAAUGAAGCAAGCCGAAACUCCUCCGGUGGCAGGAGGAGGGGAAGGCAAUACACAAGGAAAAAAUAAGACCAAAGUCGCCUCUUCAAACGGAGAAGGUCAAGUCAAGCCGAGCGAGGUGGUAAUUGACGGCGGUGAGCUUGACGAGGGAAAAUGAACGUCAUAUCCGGGUCCCCAAUCCGACUCCUCCCAACUUACAUAUGAUAUGUGUUCAUUUACUUUCCAUCUUCGGAUCUCACGGGAGACGUGUGUGGGGCAAAAGUGAAAUCCACAUGAUUAUCCGCCCCCGGACUCCAGGGGAAUUCAACUAAACUUUUUUUCUUUCUUUUUUCCCCCUUCCUUUAAACGCUUGCGCGAUACCAUACCGGCAUCGUAACUGUACUCCUGAGUACGAGUACUCGAGUACAUUCGUAUGAUACAACCCACCCCCGUCAAAGUAGUUACAUCAGCUGAGUCUAACGAAAU